GUCAGGGAGCGCGGGGUCGCGGUGGCAGGAGCCAGUGUGUGUGUGUGUGUGUGUUGUGGCUCCGGACCCUCAAGCCCUCCACUGUUUUGUCUCGCCUGCCUGGCCUGGCCUGGCUGCUGGUGUACAUAGCCUGACCCAACACCACCACCACAACCCCCUCCACCCUCUCAGAUAACAACCUCUAGUCAUAACCCCCGAGUGAUGCGCCCCGUCAGAGGAGAGGACAGUCGGUAACACUACUCGGGUACUGUACCUCACCAUACCAGAGAUGCACAGCUGAGUGAGUGAUAAAAACCAAACAAGACAACAUUCUUCCUUUUCAUCCCGACACUCACUCACUCCUGCAACACGAUACAUUCCUUCCUGUGUUGAAAAGAAGAAAAAACAAAAGUGGUUGGAGAAAUAAGAAAAGCGUGGACACGUAUGCGGGGUGACUUAACGCAAUGUACCACAGCUAAGAGCAGCCAAGAUCUCAAUGAUUCGGGGACAGUUUCUAGGUGACGCCGAGAAGGUCAACAACAGCAGUGACCAGCAGUGUGUCAGUUGACGAUUAGCCAAGUUUAGCAGCACAAAGUUUGAUGGGUGGUGGGGCCGAGGGGUGCUCUCCUGUGUUCUGGAAGGACUGACAGGAAGAAGCCGUCCUCACAGAGAAUCAUCCAUCCAAGUGUGGUGGAAGGAGGGGCAGGAGACCAUCUUGGAAACAGUGGAUACAUCUAAGGAGAUCUUUUCAGGUUUUAGUGUAAGGGUAGGAGACCGUCUUGGGCAGGACUUGAGACGUCACGCAGAUCAUUCCAUCAGUGGGGGUUAGGCUAGAGACCCUCGCAGAAAGAGAGGAGACGUGAAGUUUAAUCCUGCCGGCCCAGUGGACGGGCAGGAGACAGUCUUGGACAGGACAGGAGACAGUUCAGGGAGGGGUGGAUACGUCAAGGUGGAGGCGCUCUGGAGGAACCUGCUCGACACUUGGACGGCCGUACGCCUCAAGAUGAAGGUGACGAGGGAGACGACUUCCAGGUACGGUGGUAAGCGGUGUGGGAGCGGUGGUGGCGGCGGCCCAGCAGCAGCAGCGGCAGCAGCAGCGGGAGGAGCAGCAGUAGGAGUAAGACGCUCGCCCCGCUACGCCACCCAGCAGUCCUCAGCAUCAGCCGCCGCAGCGGGAAGACCUCGGCGGCACCACGCGAGGCCUCUUCACGCUCAUCACUACAAUACCAAACAUAAGGGAGGGAAGGCCACCAGUGUGUCUGGCCCAGGUGGCACCAGCACCAACAACGCCGCCACACACAAGCCCGACAACAGCAGCGGGGGUGGAGUAGACGCCAACCAGCAGCACGACAACGCCUCAAAUAACGCUGCCACCAACAACGCCACUGUCCGUCACAGUCACCACGACGCACCUCCGCCGUAUUCCACGCGGUCGUCUGCCGCCGCCGCUGCUGCCGCUCACCACCAUCAUCAUAAUCACCACCAUAACCACCAUCACCACCACCCCAACCAGCGCCAUAGCUCACGAGGGCCUCGCCGCAACCGGAUGAGUAUGGGGCAAAAAGUCACAGGUGGUAUGAAGUCUGUGGGUCGGGGUGAGGGCGGGUCGCUACAACCUCGCCUGACCCGGGAGUUGGCCAUGUCUCCAGACUACACCCGCCCCAAGCGGCUAGACCUGCUAUUGGAUAUGCCACCCGUACCCCGAGAAGCAUCCCUUAAGCAUGCAUGGAAUGCAGAUGACCGGUCGUUAAAUAUAUUUGUCAAGGAGGAUGACAAAAUGACGUUCCACCGGCACCCAGUAGCCCAGAGUACCGAUUGUAUCCGAGGAAGAGUCGGGUAUACUCGGGGCCUUCAUGUAUGGGAGAUACACUGGUCCACACGGCAACGUGGUACCCAUGCAGUAGUGGGAGUAGCAACUGAUGAGGCCCCUCUACACUCUCAAGGGUACCAGAGCUUGGUGGGCAGUAACGACCAGUCAUGGGGCUGGGAUUUAGGACGCAAUAAGUUGUAUCACAAUGCUAAACAAGGCAACUCCGGCAUUACAUAUCCUUCACUCUUAAACAACGACGAGACUUUUGUCGUACCAGAUAAAUUUUAUGUUGUUCUUGACAUGGAUGAGGGCACGUUGGCAUUUGUGGUCGAGGGCCAGUACCUGGGUGUAGCAUUUCGAGGUUUGAAAGGAAAGAAACUGUACCCAAUAGUGUCAGCUGUGUGGGGGCAUUGUGAGAUAACCAUCAGAUACAUAGGUGGAUUAGAUCCGGAGCCUCUACCACUGAUGGACUUAUGUCGACGUGUGAUACGGCAGGCAGUUGGGAAACAGCGACUUUCUCGAAUUGAAGAACUCAAUCUGCCACCUUCAAUCACGCAGUACCUUUUGUAUCAUGACCGGAGGUGAUAGUUUGGGACAGCUGGUCACCCUUGUACCCCCUCCACCACCAGCCACCAGGCCUCCUAGCCCCGCACCCCGCAGGCCCAGGCCAAGGGAGACACUCCGUAGCAAGUUGAGUGACGGCGGCAAGUGGGAUAAAGCGUCUGCAGCAUCAGUUGUUUGAUAAUCAAAACAUCCUUUUUUGAGAUGUUUUCUAUUGAUAAAUUAAUUGUGCCAUAAGGCAUAUUUAGUUUACCAGCAUAAUUUUAUGCUGCAAUUUGUUUCCUUAUGGAAUUUUAGCAGGUUUUGAAUCAGUGUAGGCAAUUUCAUUUAGACGGCCGAGACCACUGGCCUGUGCAACAUACUGCAGGUAGACGCAGUCAAGUGCAUAUGCGGGACUCUUAGAUGUACGUUUGUGUCUGUGUGUGUUAGUGUGGCCACGAGCCAUUGUGAUAGACCAGGUCAGACUGGCAUGCUGCCCCCACAGCCACCCCACUCAGGUACCCAGCCGGGAAUAGUGGCAACGGGAAGAGGCAGCACUGAUGUUAUGCACGAACACUGUGACAAACACAUGGAAAGUUACUUGACUGAAAAGAAAAUAAAGCAAAAAGAUAAACUUGACCAAUGUGUGAUACAUAUUUCUGAUACAGACAAUAGAUGAAAAUGAACAGAAAGUGUGAAAACUUUUUAACAGUGAAGCGUGGUGGGUGGCGUCCGUCUGACCAACGAGCCGACUGGUGAAGUGUUCAUUGCAGGCCAACCUUGCAUCUCUCCUCAUCGCCUCUCUCGCAUUUGUUCUGGAGACAUAGUAGCGUAAGACCGAGAGAACUGACCCCAGCACUGCAGCGGUGCUGGCCGGUUCAAGGGUGAAUAGGGAGGAGGUUAUUGUAUUGCCCCUAGUCCUUACUCUAAAUCUUUGGCUCUGCCAUGGAUGCUUCACUGUUUUUAUGUCUUUUUUACACAAUUAUUUCAUGUGAAAAAAAGGAAAACAAUGUCCAAUUUGUGAGAUGGCCACUUGGGGGCUCUGUAGUUUCCAUCUUUAACCCAAAACUGACUUAGUUGCUGGUUAUCUCAUUCAGUUCCCUCAUUGUAUUGUAUGCUUAAGGAUUUUUUUUAAAAAGUGCCAUUUGCAGUAAGACUAUGUAUGGUAGGACUGUGUCAAGAGCUCAACCAACCAGCAUGACAUGGCAUCAACAUCUACUACUGUACUGUUCUAGUGUGUUCUUAUACUGCAACAUCUCUCACCUAGUACUCAGCAUCUUUGUACAAAAAUAUUAAAUAUUAAUUACA